GGGAAGCAAUCUACAGACUAUAGAUGACAUGUCUAGGAUCUAUAGGCUAAUUCACACCGAAAGCAAUUAUCGAACGCUGGUGGCACCAAAGAGUAUUUAUAGGUAACAGUUUCAGACAAUACAUAUUCAAGGAUGUUUUAGCCUUGCCAGAAUUUGACACUGGUCACCAGUGGUCACUGAUUUGUCAAAUGUGGUCUAGUGUUGAAUCAGUGUUAGUUAUGUUCACUGUAUACUGUAUAGAGUAGCUCUCCCAUUCAAAAUGUUUACAUGUCUUUAAUAAUACUGGCUGUAUUGCCAGCUCGUAUGUAUGAUUUGGCCGACGUCAACCUUAAUAGGUCAGUCAGACGAUAAGGACAAAUCUGUGAAGAUUUAACCUUGACUCAAUCAUGGGCGCCUUAACAAGUAGGCAACAUGCAGGAGUUGAAGAGGUUGAUAUUGUAUCCAAUCAUGCAUACAAAUACCCUCCCAGAUCAGGGAAUUAUUUUGGAAGCCAUUUCAUUAUGGGAGGAGAACGCUUUGACACUCCUCAGCCAGAAGCAUAUUUAUUUGGAGAAAACGCUGAUUUAAAUUUCUUAGGUAGCCGACCAACUCCUUUUCCAUAUCCUCCUCCACAAGCCAACGAACCAACAAAGACCCUGAAAAGCCUUGUAAAUAUUCGAAAAGAGUCUUUGAGGUUUGUUAGAUCACCUGAAAGUCUGAGUAAAACUGAAGAUGGAGAUAUUGAAGAGACCAAAAGUACUCAAUUCAAUAUUGAGUUUACUUUUGAUUGCGAUGCACGAUGUGCAAUUACUAUAUACUACUUUUGUACAGAAGAUUUUUCUCCAAGCGGUGUCACGUACACACCUCGGGAUCCAACCAUGAACUCUGAAACAUUUCAUUAUAAGCGUGGUGCCAACCAACAGUUUUCUCAAGUGACUCAUGUGUUUGAUCCUAGUCGGUAUUCGGAUGAUGAACUAGCUUACAACCCUGAUCGAGAUAUCAUUCCAGUGGCAAUUCAUUGUGUAGCUGAAGAAGGGAUUGAAGAACCACGCCAGUCACAUACAACUAUUGCGGUGGUGGACCACCAUGGUGAUGGUACAUAUGCUCUCCGAGCUUUGAAGCAGAAACUUUUUGUUGAUGGUCUAUGCUACUUACUACAGGAAAUUUAUGGUAUUGAAAACAAGAAUAAUGAUAAUUCCAAAGCUGCUAAUGAUGAAGAGACUGAAGAUAAUGGAUCUGAAUGUGUUAUUUGUAUGUGUGAUGUUAGAGACACUUUGAUAUUGCCUUGUAGACAUCUUUGUCUGUGCAAUUCUUGUGCAGAUUCAUUGCGCUAUCAGGCCAACAAUUGCCCGAUUUGUCGAGCACCAUUUCGAGCCUUGCUACAGAUUAGAGCCCUGCAGAAAACAUUAGCACUUCCACAAGUUUCUUUACCACCACCUGAGGGAAGUUGUGAAAAUAUCCCUGCAGGAUAUGAGCCAGUGUCGCUCAUAGAAGCUCUGAAUGGUCCUUGUCCUCUGAGGGCUGCUCCGACAGCCCCUCCAUUGGAUGUGGCGGAGACACCUGAUCAAGAGGUGGCUGCUGUUCAAGCAGCUGAAGUUCUUAAUAGGGCAAAUGUUGAAAGAAGUGGAUCAGGUGCUACAAAAACUCCGGGUAGUCCUGAAGAGUCAGAUUCUAAGAGCCCACGGGGUAACGGAGCCGCCUGCCACACUCCUGAGUUUCGAAUGUCUGUGCUGUUGGCGCGUGAGGAAGAAAAUCACAAGGAGCAAACUAAAUCUCCCUUAUUAGUGAGACAUGUGUCCCGUCCCGGCUCGCGUGAUAAGAGUGCAGUCCUGCGGCCUCGAGACACACUCCGUCUUGUCAAUGAAACCUCUACUCAUGAAGAUGAGACUCCAGAUGAAGACAGUGAAGCUGAAAAGCUGUCACCCUUACUUGAUGCUGCUACUAACACCAAUCCAGUACCUCUUGAAUCUGUUGUGGUGAGUGAUCUAGCUGCAGAUGAAGAAGAAGAAGACGAUGAAGAAUUGGAACUGAAAGUAGAAGUUAUAUCUGAAGAUGCUGCCGCAAGUUCACAUGGUACCCCUAAUGAGCCAACAACUGGACUUGAGAAUGAUCCUGGGCUUGGUUCAUCUGUGGCAGCUACUGGGGAUGACUCAGAUUACUACACUCCUGAAGAUCCUGCAACAACAAUUUUGAGCCCUCUACACACAGACAAGGAACGAACCCUUCCGCCUUCAGUAGACAGCACUCCUGGUCGCUGGCGGGAGGGUUUAACGAUGGGUUCGUUGCCUGGUACGCCUCUGAGUGGAGCCAGCCAUCUCUCUAACCGAUCAAGUGGAGAUAGCUACAGCAGCAGUAGCUCCACACGCCAGCUUUUGGCAGGUGGAGGUGGGCAUCAUGCACCAGCCGGUGCAGCUGUCACUGAUGGUGAUAAACAGCCACCACUAUGAAGCCCAAGAUUUCUCCAAUAGUGUCCCUGUGACUAUGAAAUUGUUUGAAGGCUUGUGUAUUAUUCUGCUUUUUGCUGUUGAGAAUAGAACCCAUGACUGAGAACUCGGGUUCAAAAAUUUCCAUUAAAUUUCUCAUAGGGCAGCAUGAAUGUGGAAAUGAAAAAUGAAGAGAAAGUAGACAUUCUUUCUUUCAUUAGAUAAACAAUAUUAGCUUAUCUAUGCAUUUAUAAUUUUUGGAGACUGGUUCUUACAGAUUUUAUUAGCUUUAUUUUUGUGUGGAUCUGGCUUUUAUAAGAGUCAUGCCCUUGAAUUUGGUUGGAGCUUGGUGCUACCUAGGAUCUGUUAUUUUUUAUAGUGCUUUUAUGUUUUAUUUAUACCAUAAAGAUCUGAUAUUUACUUUAAAACAGAACAUUCAGCAUUGUUUUGAUUAGGAAUUAGAAACUUGUGAAUAUGGAAUGGUUAGUCAUGAGCGUGUAUUGCUUAUGGCAUUGUUUUAAUUUUUGAAUCUGUUAGCAAUAUUUGCCUUAAAUAAAUACUGACAAAACUGAUUUUCUUAAAAUUGUGUAAGUGAAAUUCAUUUCGUAACUAUUAACAGUGAUAUUUUAAAAUGAAAUGUUUACCCUGUCUCAGAAAAAGGGAAAAGAAAUUAAAAUUUCAGGUUCGAUUAUGGGGAAUAAAACUCAAUUUCAUUGCUUUACAUUUUCAAGGAGCACUUUGUGUAUAAAAUAUUUAUUACAUCUUAAACAAGAGUUUUCUUCUUUUUUUCCUUUAUUGAAUAACAAUUUAUUUACAAUUUUUAGUAAAAAGUCAAAUUAAUUAGUCAACAUCAGUGAUAGAAAACCAAAAACUAUGUGUUGUAUCAUAUAGUGUAGAGAAGUAUUCUUGAUUUUCAGCAUUCUUAUGUGUUGUGAAUUAUGCUUAUCUAAUUGACUGCCAAGCCUGUUUUCACAAACUAUUUCACUGAUACCAACAAAAAUAUAGCAUCAUCUUUGAAGAAAUAAAUCGUUUUUAAAUAUCUAAGUCAUUAAUAUGGACUUUCUUAAUCUUUUCAUUAAUUUACCUUGUCUGUGACCGUAUGGUCUCAUGCUUAUGACAAAAAGCUAUCUGUGAGACCAUAUAGUCUUACACAUUUAGGUAAUAAUUCCAAAAGCGCAAAACUUUCAACUGAAAUAUGUUUUAUUUGGUUGCAAGAAAAGUCAAUGUGAGAAUAAUUUGAUUUAAAUAUCUUCAAUAUUUCUUUAUUAGGUUCUUACUGAAUGAAACACUACAUAUUGACAAUCAAACCAAGUGCAAAAAGUGUGGUAUUAAAUCAUAUAAUUUCUUCCUUGGACCUACCGCAUUUCACUAAUAAUAUCUUUUACUAAAUUGAUAAACCUUCACCUUGAUUGCUUGCUUGUAAGGAGCCACAAAUGAGUACUGGAACAAUACUGGGAUAUAAAUGUGAAAUUUAUGUGUAUUGCUGCAAAACUCAUGCUUCAAAAGAGCAGGAAAGUAGAUAAAUGAUUUAUUGGUUGAUUAUAUUACAGGCGCAUCAACUGCUCAGGUCAUUAGUACCACAAGUGCAUGUUUUCAUUGCCGGAGAUGGCAGUGAUCUUUCUGGCUCACAUGAUCCUGCACUGACCUGCUUUGGUUUACAGGAAUUUUCCUCAACCAGGUAUCUCCCCUCAGUGAGGCACUGCCCUAGCCGGGACUAGCUGUAAGCUCCCAACACGUCUUCCGACAAGUGUGAUAGUGCAGUGCAUGUGUGUUUAAGUAAGGGGUGAAGAUAGGACAAGGAAGAGGAAGGAAAGGUUGUGGUACAUGACCCAUUCAUA